AUGCCGAAAAAGCUAAUAAAGAAGACACUCUCAAAAACCGACAUUUAUUAUAGAAUGGCAAUUCCGAUGGAUAGCCUACGGGCUUUCCAAAUUCAAGAAGGAGAGUACUCAAAAGAAUUUAAAGUUAUUGACAUCAAUGGUCGUGUAUGGACAUUCACAUGUUCCACCAGAAGAACUGAUCCCUACCCCAAACCAGUCUUGUCUUCAGGUUGGAGAAAGUAUGUCAAACAUAGGGGUCUAAAAGAAGGGGAUGAAGUCACCCUUUAUCAGAUGGAGAAAGAUGGAGCUGAUGUUUCAGCCAGUGGCCUGGUUCCUUCUUCUCUCGGAGGGAACGGUUCCGGCAGGGAACGAAAGGACACCCACGGAGCAUCUCAUCCAGAGAUGUUGAAAAAUGCAAGUAGAUAUGGCCCUACCAAAUUAAGACAUACUUUCGAGUUGCAAGGUUUUCGCCAGUUAUCGAGUGGAAAAACCAUCCUUCUCAAAGAACAGAGAAACACACAACAAAUCAGUGCAUGCAGCAUCAUCAUUCCACUACCACCAUAUAAAAUUUACAAGAGGGACAAUCAUGGAACAUCACAUCUUGAGAGGUUGAAAAAUGGAGUAGAUCUGGCCCUACCAAAUUAA